GGGUAUUCUUUGUUUCAUGUUCAUCAGUUUUAAGUUACUAUUUUUCUUCUCGGAAUUCUCCUUUGCACCAGAUUCUCUUAGUUCAUCACAGUCUCUCUGUGAUACCUGUGGCACCAGCUUGAUUUCAAAGGAUGGAACCUUUGAGCUUGGGUUCUUCAGUCCUGGUAAUAACGUCAAUCGUUAUUUGGGAAUUUGGUACAAGAAUAUCCCAGUUAAAACUGUUAUUUGGGUUGCGAAUAGACUCAAUCCCACCAAUGAUUCGACAGGUUUGUUGAUGAUAAAUGGCUCAUGCAACCCUGUUUUAAUGAGCCAGAACGCUAAUGUAGUUUGGUUUGCAAAUUUUACCAAACAAAUAUCAAGUUCCGUGGUUAUACUUCAGCUCUUGAAUACAGGGAGUCUUGUCCUGAGAAAUGAAUAGGAUGGGAACUCCAGGACUGAUUAUCUGUGGCAAAGUUUUCACUAUCCAUCUGAUACUUUGCUUCCAGGAAUGAAGCUUGGAUGGGACUUAAGAAAUGGUUUUGAGAGGCGUUUGACGUCUUGGAAGAGCCCUAAUGACCCGUCUCCUGGAAACUUCACAUGGGAGGUAGAACCACAGCAAAAUCCUGAGCUGGUUAUUUGGAAGGGAUCUACCAAAUUUUACAAGAGUGGCCCCUGGAAUAGCCAGAGAUUCAGUGGUGCCCCAGAGUUAAAGUCUAAUCAACUUUUCAAUUUUAGCUUCGUAUCCAAUGAAAAUGAGAUAUACUACACAUACGAAGCUACAAAUAAUUUAGUGAUCUCCAGGAUUGUAAUGAACCAAACUGAGCAAAAACGUAAUAGAUUUACCUGGAGUCAAUCAACUCAAAGCUGGGAGUUGUAUGCUACUGUGCCGAGAGAUAGAUGUGACACUUAUGGGCUUUGUGGUUCAUAUGGCGUUUGUAUUCUCAGUGAAUCACCAUUUUGCCAAUGUUUGAAAGGGUUCACACCUAAAUCACCAGGAAAUGUGGACUGGUCACAGGAGUGUGUGCGGAAUAAGCCACUAAACUUGUCAGCAAUAGAUGGUUUUAUCAAAUUUGAGGGGAUGAAAUUGCCGGAUGCUAACCAUUCUUUGGUUAAUGCAAAUAUGAAUCUAAAGGAAUGCAGAGAGAAGUGCUUACAGAACUCUUCUUGUAUGGCAUACGCAAAUUUGUAUGUCAAUGGAAGAGGCAGCGGCUGCACCAUGUGGUUCGGUGAUUUGAUUGAUAUGAGACAAAUUACAGGUGCUGCACAGGAUUUGUUUAUUCGAAUGUCUGCAUCAGAACUAGGGCCUGGUGAGGGAAAGAAGAAAAUAUCAGGGGGUUUUCGAUAUCCGUGGAGCUUUAGUUAAUUUUCCUGGUGCUUUGUGUGUGCCAUUUGCUGGAGUGUUUCUGGGACAUGAUGUUAUGCUAAUUGGGAGCUAAAUUAUAUGUUUCUUCUAUACUUUGUUCUUGGGGUUUAUAAAAUCAUGUCUUUCAACACUGUAGCAUUUGUCUAUCUUUGG